UUGAGAUUAGAAAUUAUAAUGGCCGGAGUAAUAAAGAAAUUUUUCGUUGCAUCAUUGUUUAUGUGGGUGGCUCCAAUCACAAUUUUAUAUGGUUUUAACCAUCAACUGUUUCCUGGUUCAACUCAAUUAUCCUCCUAUUCACAAACGUUGCUUAGUGGAUUCCUUGCUGUCAUAUCUUUCAAUAUGGUCAUAGCAUUCUACAUUUGCAUGGCAAUGAAAGAGCCUUCAGAUAGACAUGAACCAGAUCCUGCUUUCCUUGCAGAGGCCAAAUCCAGUAUUAGCCAAUCUACUCCAUGUGAAAGUGGAGACUCUUCCCAAGCCCGAGAAAAACAAGAGUAGGAAAUGUUAAUCCAGUCUUCCUUUCUCAAACUAACCAGCCAAGUUCAAAAGCUCUUUCACAUCAAUUUAUUGGAAGGCAUUGAUCUACAAGCUAUACAAAAUUGUUCAGGUAACAAGUACCAUAGUUAACUUGGUUAACUAGUUUGGUCCCUCUGCUUCACAUUUCACUGUAUUUUUCAUAUUUUGAAGUAGUAUUUUGUAAUCUAUGGGGUGGCUGAAGAAGUUUAAAACUGAUUCGUUAAUCUGGAUUUGAUAAGUGAUACCGAUGAGGCUGGCCCAUUGCAGGGCCUCCUUAUAUUUUGGAUUCAAGCAAUUGUUGGACAUACCAAUACAUUGGUCUGAAUACAAUUGUCACCUGCAAGUUGGAUCAGUUCCUUUUCA